GCGCUUCCCAUAGCCCCUCCUGGCCAGGGUCCGACACCUUCCGGUUACCGGCACCCCCGGGAAAAGGCGCCUUCCACCGGGCCCUAAAAUGUGCCCUAGGGCAUGCUCUCGCCCUCCGCCCACGCCAUAGGCGUCCGGGUACCAGCCAUCUGGGCAGUGCUUGAAUUGCAGGAACUGAGACUGCCACCACUCCACAGACCUCUGGUCUGACCAGUGGCCCUCUCUGUAAUAGCUGUGUGCACGACAGACAUCUUCAGCUGCAAUUAUCUGCAGGGUGGGGCACCCAUCUGAGGUAGGGUUCGGUGCCCCACACAUCCCAAGGAGGCUGCUCCUUCUGCUGCCUGUGGCUUCAGGUGAGUAGGGGAGUCAUUGUGUCUCUCCCACUGGCAUUUUAGGGGACAAGUGGAGGUGAGGUGAUCUCCUCUUCAGGGUGGGGCACUUUCUGGCAGAAGCUUUCACAGCUGAUGGUUUGAAAGGCUGAAAAGCCUUAGAAUCAUUUGUAUAGUCCAAAUCGUGUGGGAAUUUGGGGAGCAUUUUCUUGGGACAGGCCUGUUAAGAGGAGGGUGGGGAUAAGAGGGGGACAAAAUAUUGGGGCACCACCCAGACUUGUAAAGGUUGGUGACUAGCAAGCAUAGAGCUGAGCUGUGUCUUUCUUUUCUUCCAGGAUGAAAGGGGAGACCCCAGUGAACAGCACUAUGAGUAUUGGGCAAGCGCGCAAGAUGGUGGAGCAGCUUAAGAUCGAGGCCAGCCUGUGCCGGAUAAAGGUGUCCAAGGCAGCAGCAGAUCUGAUGACUUACUGUGAUGCCCACGCCUGCGAGGACCCCCUCAUCACUCCCGUGCCCACUUCGGAGAACCCCUUCCGGGAGAAGAAGUUCUUCUGCGCCCUCCUUUGAGCAGCCCCGUCCCUCCCCUCAGCCCUGCCCUCCCCCUCUCCUGGGCCCAGUCCUAAGGUCGGUAACUGUGGGGACCCCCCCGGGGGCUCCCCGCAGCCCUUCCCUAGCCCUGUGAUAUCAUCUGAAGCACAAGACCUUCCUUCCGCACGUCUUUCCCACCUCCUCGCCACCGA